CACAUGAAUCAUGACAAAAGUGAAAAUGAAUACCUGUAUUGUAUUAUUUUUUGUGUUUUUAAUUAAGUUAACAGUUAACGCGCAAUUUGGAACCAUGUCUCUCAGUGUUGAUAUGAAUCCACCUGCCGAUGACAUGAUUUUAAACAGUCGGUGUCCCGCAAACAUGUCGUGUGUACCGAUAAGCUCGUGUCCAUUACUAGAAGACCUUAUGGACUUUUCAUGCUUUUCUUCAGAUAGGUACUUUCAUCGCUUAAAUUCUUUAACUUGCGGUAAUGUGAACAAUGAAGACUAUGUGUGCUGUCCCUCAUGCGACUGCGGGCAAGUAUACGCUCCGGGAACACGGCCCUGCGGUAAGAGCAUGGUACGAGGCGUGGACAGCGGAAUAGGUGCACAUCCCUGGGUUGCGAGAAUUGGUUUUACGAAUAAAGAUACAGGCAACGUACGAUUUGCUUGCAGCGGUUCCAUCAUAGCUAAACGCGUGGUCUUGACAGCUGCACAUUGCGCUUUAGCUAAGCCUGAAGGAUAUAAAUUAUCAACAGUGGUGAUCGGCGAAUGGGAUAUUAGUCGCAGUGCCGAUUGUAACGAAUAUUUCUGCGCCCCCGCAACUCAGGCGAUAAAGGUGGAAAGCGUUUCCGUACACCCUGGAUAUGAGCAGAAAAUAUUCAGACACGAUAUAGCAAUGAUUAUAUUGAAAGAGGAAAUUAAGUACUCAGUGACAGCUGCGCCGAUCUGUUUGAACGAUAAGCCGGAAAUAGUGAUCAACGAACGCGCUUCGCUGGUCGGCUGGGGAAAACUAUCUGGACAAAAUAAUUUGAUUGGAAGUCAGCAGAAAUUAGAUGUACCAUUAGUGUCGUUGGAGACUUGCGAGCGCAUAUUUGGUGAAUCGGUACCUAUUCACGAGGGUCAGUUAUGCGCAGGCGGAGAGGAAGGGAAGGACGCUUGCUCCGGCUUUGGAGGAGCGCCUCUGAUCCUGAAUAGAGAUGGACAAUAUGUGCAAGUCGGCAUCGUGUCUUUUGGUUCAGAAAAUUGCGGCAGUGAAGGAAUCCCUAGUGUGUACACUAACAUCGCGCACUACUAUAAUUGGAUAGUUGAUAAUUUGCCAUCUUGAAUGUAAUGAUAUUCUUAUUUGCCAGUUUAAAUCUAAUAAAUAGGAAACAAAUCA